AUGAGCGUUCCAGCGCCAGAAAAUCCCGCCACAACCUGGUCGCCAAUACUCACCGUCACCUUCGUGGUUGACGCCAAGCCCAGCCCGGCCGAUCAAACACUUCAACUUGAGCUCCCCCCGCGAACGGACCGGCUCAUGGUCCGCCAUGUUACGGCGGCGCUCCCAGGCUUCAUCCCGCCCGAACUCUUGACCUCGCCCGAAACCCCCAUCAUCCAGCUAGUCACGUUCGACCAAGAUAACAUCAUGCGAGUGCAACAUGACAACACAGCUGUGAAGACGUCGCAGCUCAUGGCGGUUGUUUCCUUCAGGUGCAGCAAAAACAAUCACGACCGCCGAUCGUACGAGUUCUUUGAGGGACGAAAGACAUGCAAGUCGUGCACUGAUCGCAACGCCAGAUAUCGUAAAAAAGCUACUGCCAAGAAAGUUGCGUUGAAAGAUCAGCAGUCGAGCGAGCCAGCCGAGGAGGCAGCCAGAAACGCUCCGACAACGAGGCUCACCGAGCUUGCCCACACCCGCCUGAUGUUCAACGAUCCGCAGAGCCUGGAGGACUUCUGGGAAAGCCAACAAAGUACAAUCGACUUGCGUUUGAAGCACGACUACUGUCCUGGUCAGUCACGCAGGUCUCAGGUCAGAGAUGAGAUGGAUUCGGCUUCGCCUGUUCUCUCUGCCCACGCUCCACAUGAUGCUGAAGACGACCUUGCUGCAUCGUCCGUGUCUUCGGUUCCGGAAGCAGCUCAGCUCAUCCACGCAGACGAGGUUUCCGAGUCCAUUGAUGAGGAUGAUCUCAACUCGCACCCAGGCACGUCGCCGGUUUACCUCACGCAAGAUGAGCGGAACCAACUCAACCUCUGGUUCGAGAACCGACCCGUGCUGUGCUCAAGGACACAGCGCUUCUGGUGCUUCAAUCACCGGUCAACGAGCAGCAAGGAGCCGUCUCCAGCUUCGUCGAUGAUUCAAGACCGAUUUCUCGAAUCAUUGGACUUCACACACCCCAUGCAUACGCAUCGACUCGACAACGACUUCCGCGUGCAGCCAGGAUUAGGGCAAGGCUCGUGUACCUUUGCCAUUUCGAAAUCCGUCCUGGUUCAAGUAGACGGCAACAAUCUGCGGUUUGUUGGUUGGAAGGUUUCUCUCGCCGGCCAGCACGAUGCUCGGUGCACGAAGGGCGACUUUGCUCACAAGCAGCUGACGCAUCGAAUAUUCAAGCAUGGACAUCUGAUCUCGCAUCCAAGCGCUGCGACGCGUGCUAAACAUGCCGGUUGA